CGGAAGUAGAGAGAAGACGUUUUGAAGUGGCAGCAGAGGAGAGUUUUCCUCGGGUAAAGUCUGAUGACCAUUUCGCCAUUACAGUGCCUUCACCUCAUUCCCUGAAACACGAAAGAAUCAAUGACCAGAAGAUUCUAGAAGUCACCAACAAGAUCAUUGAGCUGCUGACAGGAGAGGGUGAAGAACUAAAAGACAUCAAAGUUGAGGUUAAAGUCGAAAAAUAAGAGAUGUUUGGGGAUCAGCAAUCUAUGGAGAAGGGUGACCCACCAGAGAGAUGUCCCCAUCCUCUGUAUUCCCGGGAUUCCAUACAAGAAGAUCGCACCAUCCCUCACCAUCAUCAGGAUGAGGAACUAAAAGUCAUUAAAGUUGAGAUUAAAACGGAAGAAGAAGAGAUGUUGAUUAAUGGAGCUCAGCAGUCUGUGAAGGAGGGUGAUGCUCUGUAUUCCUGGGAUUCCACAUGGGAAGAUCACACCAUCCCCCACCAUCAUCAGGGUGAAGAACAGAUUGAUAUAAAAGCUGAGGUUAAAGAAGAAGAAUGGGAGACGUAUGUGGUGGGUGAUCAGCUGUCCAUGGAGGAGGUCGGGAUGAUUGUGAAAAGUGAAGAAGAAGAAGAAGAAGAAGAAGAAGAAGAAGAAGAAGAAAUGUCUCCACCUACCGGCACAAAUGGAUGUGAUGUGAGGAAUUCCUCGGAGAGACAUCUUUUAUUAUCUGCUGAUUGUAAGUCAGAAGAUAUUGUCAUCACACAGGAUCCUCCAGGAGGAAAUCCAAAUACACAAAAUAUACAUCACAGACCUUCCUGUCCGGAGACAUCAAUGGAUACCUCUGAUCAGGGGGAAUCUUCUCAUCAAUCACAUACUAUGAUUGCAAAUAUCCAUUUAAGAGCUCACACUGCAGAUAGAUCAACAGAUCCUUCUGAUCCCGAGGAAUCUUCCUCACCCCAUGAAGGAGAUCACCGAGGUGACCAUCUAUUCCCAUGUUCAGAGUGCGGGAAAUCUUUCCAUAAGAAAUCUAAUCUUGUUAGACAUCAGAGAAAUCACACGAGUGAGCGUCCUUUCCCUUGUUUGGAGUGCGGGAAAUGUUUCAAACGUAAACAAAACUUUGUUGCACACCAGAAAAUUCACACAGGUGAGCGACCUUAUUCAUGUUCAGAGUGCGGGAAAUCAUUCGCUGAAAAAGGAACACUCGUUGGACACCAGAGUGUUCACACUGGUGAUUAUCCUUAUUCAUGUUUGGAGUGCGGGAAAUCUUUCACAAAGAGAGGAAGACUUACUGACCACCAGAGAGUUCACACGGGUGAGCGUCCCUAUUCGUGUUCGGAGUGCGGGAAAUCUUUCACAAAGAGAGGAAGACUUACUGAGCACCAGAGAGUUCACACAGAUGACCUUCGCUAUACAUGUUCAGAGUGCGGGAAAUCUUUCCUUAGGAAAAAUCAUCUUGUUCGACAUCAGAGAAUUCACACCGGAGAAUGUCCCUAUUCAUGUUUAGAGUGUGGAAAAGCUUUCAAAGACAAAGGAGAUCUUACUAAACAUUAUAGAAUUCACACAGGUGAGCGUCCUCAUUCAUGUUCAGAGUGCGGGAAAUCUUUCACUGAGAAAAGAUAUCUUUUUCAACAUCAGAAAUAUCACAAAGGUGACCUUCCCUAUACAUGUUCAGAGUGCGGGAAAUCUUUCCUUAAGAAAUAUCGUCUUGUUAGACAUCAGAGGAUUCACAUGGUUGAGCGUCCAUAUUCAUGUUCAGAGUGUGGGAAAGCUUUCAAAGACGAAGGAGAACUUACUAAACAUCACAAAAUUCACACUGGCGAGUGUCCCUAUUCAUGUUCAGAGUGCGGGAAAUCUUUCACUGAGAAAGGAAAUCUUUUGCAACAUCAGAAAUAUCACACAGGUGACCUUCCCUAUACAUGUUCAGAUUGCGGGAAAUCUUUCCUUAAGAAAUAUCAUCUCGUUACACAUCAGAGAAUUCACACGGGUGAGCGUCCAUAUUCAUGUUCAGAGUGUGGGAAAUCUUUCACUCGUAAAGGUGGUCUUGCUAUACAUCAGAGAUUUCACACGGGUGAGCGACUAUAUUCAUGUUCAGAGUGCGGGAAAUCGUUCGCUCACAAAGGUGAUCUUGCUAUACAUCAGAGAAUUCACACUGAUGAGCGCCCUUAUUCAUGUUCAGAGUGUGGGAAAGCUUUCAAAGACAAAAGAGAUCUUUCUAAACAUCAUAAAAUUCACAGCGGUGAGCGUCCUUAUUCAUGUUCAGAAUGCGGGAAAUCUUUUACUCAUAAAAGAGGCCUUGUUAGACAUCAGAAAAUUCACAUGGGUGAGCGUCCUUAUUCAUGUUUAGUGUGCGGAAAAUCUUUCACUCAGAAAGGAGACCUUGUUCUACAUCAGAGAAUUCACAUGGGUGAGCGUCCUUAUUCGUGUUCAGAGUGCGGGAAAUCUUUCAUUGAUAAAGGAAACCUUGUUAUACACCAGAGAAUUCACACGGGUGAAUGUCCUUUUUAUAUAAAUGAGGGAAAUUUUUAACUCAUAAAGGACACCUUCCCAAACACCAAAGAAUUCACAUGGUUGAGCAUCCUUAUAUAUGUUUAGAGUGUGGGAAAUCUAUCUUUAGGAAAAAUAAUCGUGUUAACCACCACAAGUGUAGUGUGGCUAGUGGAAAGAGAGCUGCUAGAGAAUGUAGUGCAGAUGGGGGGGGCACAACUGUCAGAAAAAGAAGUGUAGACGAUAGGGGGACCUGUCAUAGAAUGGGUGAAUAGUGGGAGAAUAUCUGAAGAGCUGUCGGAGAAUGUAGUGUAGAUAGUGGAGGAGAGCUGUCGGAAAAUGUAGUGUGGAUGGUGGGAGGAGA